AUGGCGACCUCUGAAACAUGGAACGAUGUGAUGCGCUUAGUGAAGAGCAAGGGCAAUAUGGACAUCAAAUUGAAAGGAGCAGAGAUGGGAAAGGUAGUAACUCGUUUUCCACCGGAACCAAGCGGCUUCCUUCAUAUUGGACAUGCAAAGGCGGCAUUAUUGAAUGAUUAUUUCGCACGGAUGUACGAGGGAAAACUCAUUGUUCGCUUCGAUGACACCAACACCGAGAAGGCUACCCAAGGUUUUGAGGAUGCCAUUAUUGGUGAUUUGACCAAGCUCGGUAUUAAACCCAAUAUGGUCCACUACACAUCAGAUUUUUUCCCCCACCUCCUCGAGAUGGCUGAGAAAUUCAUUCGUGAAGACAAGGCUUACGUCGAUGCAACUCCUGCUGAGGAAAUGAAAGCACAGAGGCUCAAACGAGAGGCAAACGAAUAUCGAAGCCAAUCAAUGGAGGAAAAUCUUCGGAUGUGGCAGGAUAUGUUAAAUGGUACUGAACUUGGGGCGCAGUGUGUAUUACGGGCAAAGAUUGAUAUACGUCAUAAGAACGGCACGAUGCGUGAUCCGACGAUGUACCGCACGAAGAAGAUGCCCCAUCAUAGAACCGGCGGGAAGUACCACGUCUACCCAACCUAUGAUUUCUCUUGCCCACUUGUCGAUUCCUGGGAAGGGGUCACACAUGCGUUGCGUUCCUUGGAGUACAAGGAUCGCGAAGCGCAGUACAAGUGGAUGGCAAGAGCUGCAGAAUUGAAAUGUCCGGAAGUAUGGGAGUUUUCCCGUCUAGACUUCGUGCGGACCGUCCUUUCCAAGCGAAAGCUUCAAAAGCUUAUUGAUAUUGGUGCGGCAAAGUCUUGGGACGAUCCAAGGUUCCCCACGAUUCAAGGUAUUCGCCGCAGGGGAAUGACAAUUCAAGGCAUUCGUGCGUUCAUUUUGUCACAGGGUGCAUCUCGAAACAAUACGACACAGGAAUGGGACAAAAUUUGGACGGUAAACAAAAGGGUUAUCGACCCUGUUGCUCCUCGCCAUGUCGCCAUUAACAAGGAGAAGGCAAGGAAUGCUACUGUAACCAAUGCCGAGCCUGAGAUUAAGGCGAUGCCCAAGCACAAGAAGAAUGACAACCUCGGCACGAAGAGUGUCAUCUAUCAGAAGAAAAUUCUAGUCGAUGGUGAAGAUGCUGAUAGCUUUGAGAUUGGUGAAAAGGUGACUUUCAUGGAUUGGGGCAAUUGUGAAAUCACUGCACGGGAUGACCAGGGCAAUCUUGAGGCAGUGUUUAUGCCGCAGGAUCAGAAUUUCAAGGGUACAAAGAAGAUCACGUGGCUCGCUGAUGUUGAAGAUUUAGUGUCGAUUAAGGUAUGCCGAUAUUCCGAUAUCUUGACAAAGAAUCGCCUGGAGGAAGACGAUGAGUUCGAGGACUUUCUAAACAAAGAUAGCGAACAAGUGGAGUACUUGAGCGGAGAUAUCAAUUUGAAGCUACUGAAGAAGGGUGACACAAUCCAACUGGAGAGGAGGGGGUAUUUCAUCUGUGACUCCGCCGCGCCACCACUCACCUUGAUCGAAAUUCCGGACGGAAAGGUAGCGAAGUCUAAAGGCAAAUAGAUUUGCGGUUUGCCAGCAUCAGUAUCUUCUAGAUAGGCUCUUUGUUGACCAAUUAUGGAACUCUGGCAAUUGUAUUCCCGCGAAACUGCUUUCGCGGCAUAUCGUGCUUAUGGAAUAACGUUGCAGCAGCUCGCCCACAGGGAUAGAAACCAAACGGCAUCACGGCAAACAUCCCGCCAUCAAGUCAGUAUCUAGUACUAAAUCUCUUUACUCAUAUUUUCAGGGUGGCCGAAACGAUAUCACGGGACGGGCGACAAGGACUCACACUUGUGUGGGACAUGAAAGGUCCGCAUAGAGACCCUAAAAGAAAACCAAUAACCAUUCUGCGUUAGCUCUCUA